UUGUUUAAUUAAAUAACAUUUAUAUAUAGGCAAACGACAAGGAUAGUCUAUUAAUAAGGCGGUAGACUCAAACAGAAGAUUUUAUUCACUCAUGACAAUGAAGACCCCUAAGGCCACACCGCAAAACGCAGCUCCGGAGGAAUGUGGUGUUUGGCUGGACACUGUGCAACUAAAAGAAAAAAAUAAACGGAAACGUCCUGCUCGCCCUAUUUCUAAACAGCUGAAUCCCUUAGCUGAGGGUGGAGGGUACAGUUUUGCUGUCGCCCUCAACUUCACUCAAACCAAAAUGGAAAUGCCAAAGACCAAACAAAGCUCUAUAUCAACUUUCUUCACAUCUCAUCGAAGAGUUCUCAACAAGAUGUCUUCCUCUGAAGUACCAAGCCUGCAUCCACUUGAGCCUCUUUUAUCAUCUACCUCAUCUGCAAUCACAACCAUGGUAUCUGUGAGAAAACGAAGGCGUGAUAUAUGUCUUAAAAAGUCUGACUUGUAUGACACGGAGUCUGGAGUGGGCAAUUGGCAAUCUGAAAAAAAUGUGACUGAGAUGGAUGCAACCUUGUGGCAGAAAAAAGCAGAGCACUACUCUGAAUCUGAAGAAGAUCUGUCUGAAGAGUGUAAACCACCUCAGAGCAAGAGGAGGCUCACUGAGAACUCCCUAUUGCCAAACAACAAACAGGAAUGGAGUCAGGACCUACUGUUCACCUGUAGCCAGAACUCUGAAACUGAAUUUUACCUCCCUGAUCAGAAAUCCUCCACAUCAAAGAACUGUAGCAGUUAUGAGCCAGGUUUUCUUGACAGUCUACAGAGUGAAGAAACUUUUGGAAAUCUGAUUGAUGUAACAAGGAGGACCUCAACUCAAAAACUCAUUAAAAACCCAUCAUCCUCUCAGCUAGAUGAUGACAAAGAAAACAGCAGGUCACUGUCUUUUAGUUCCAUGAGUAAGCGCUCUUCUUCAUCUAAUCUUGAAUCCUUGUCAGAUCACAAAUGGACAGAACCAAAAGGCACUUCACCACAAAAACAUGCUUCUCAGCUGUGGAAUAAGACUGAAAAAGACGAAUGCUUUGAAACAAUGUGGACCAAACGGAUCAGCUCUCCUUUUAAGAAACCACUGAAACAAAUCAGGGAGGUUGAUGGGGACAGUUUGGCCACUUUGUUCACUCAGGACUCGGAGGGUUUCAGGGUGAUAGCACAUCGAGGUCUGCAAACCAGGAGCCCACUCAAAGAUCAGAGUAAUCUAAGCACUGAGAUAGUGAGGACAAAUGUUUACACGUGUGUAACGGAAGAUGAGGAUGAAAUGCUUUUUACUCAAGAUUCUCAGGGAAACAUGGUGAUCAAACACUGAAACAUAUUGCAGAUGUCCUCUUUGGUGGAUUUAAUCCAGCAGAUAUGGAUUUUGGAGCUUCAGAAAGUUGAAACGUAGACUGUCAUCCUGACUGUUUUUCUUUCCUCCUCUGAUUUUUUUCCUACCUUGUUUUAGCUGUAGAUCUUUUGUAUACUCCUGGAAAUUUUCAUCUGUCUGCCUCACAUGCUACAGAUUAAUUUUGUUAUAACAUGUUAUACCCUGUUAUUUUCUUAUGCAAAAUUAAACUAACAAACAAGAAUGGAAACUUUUUGCUUUAUUUAAAAAAAAAAACAACAUAAUAUUACACAAGUUUCUGAUGUAAAUGCAUUUCAGUGUUGUAAAUUCUUCUCUGCCCAACGUUGAUGUCAUGCUACAUUUUGGAACAAAAUACAGUGAUAUACAAAGACAUAGGGGGUUCUCAA